UACUAGCCAUACACGAUCCGGUUUGCCGGGGACCGCCAAUAUGAUAAAUUCACAUAUUGACUUAUCACAUGAGCUGUGUGAUAAAUGAUAACGAUGAUUUAAUAACUUUCUUUUAGUUCUUUCCUUGUGAAACGAAACAAACCUUGGUUCAUAAUUUUUAAUUUACUUUUUCGAUGGCUACCGAUUCUGAGAAAAGAUUGUUGAAAGAAUUCAUGGAUGGAUUGGAAACAAGAAAACUGUGCGAUAUUGUCAGAUCUGUGUAUCAUGGAGGUGGAAUUUCAGUAAAUACUCGAGAAGACGCUGAAUUGUUGUUGCUGACACAAUCGUUCACGCAAAUAUUUUCGAGUAAAAAAACACCAAUCACUGCGUUGCUGAAGUUUAUGAUUUCCAAAGGCUUAACACCCACACCUAAUAUGACUAAAAAUGAUUUGUGUUUGGCUUUCAAGAUGUUAGUUGAAAGUCAACCAGAUUACUGCAAGUCACAUAUUCAACCUUCGCAAAUGUCUAUACAACCGACACGAAUACCUGUUCAAUCAAUGCAAAUGUCUGUACAACCUACACAAAUGUCUUUACAACCGACACAAAUCCCUGUACAACCAAUGCAAAUGUCUGUACAACCAGGACAAAUGCCAUUUGCUAAUAAUAUGAUGGCUUUGUCACAAAACAACAAUAUGAUGCAUUAUCAACCUUGUCAACCACAAACCCAGCAAAUGCCUAUGAUACCAACACCACCAAUAAAUACUGUGUCUGCUCCUAGUAAUACAAAAGAUCGAAAAGAACGUGAAAAUGAACUGUUAGAAGAUUUUAUUGAGAUGUUUGCUAAACAUUUUUAUGAUUUAUUUAAUGAUAUCGGUGUACCUGGGAAAAAUCAACUGGAUGGACGUCAUUUUUAUGAAAACUGUACAAUGGCUGUAAGGAUUCUUGGAGGAAGUGAAGAAAUUAGCGAAAAAUGUGAAAAUUCAGCUACUUUAUUACAGUGUUUGUCUGGAAUUAAGAAAGAGCACCAACUUUUUUUUUCACCACAUUUAAGUGAUGUUAAAUGGAAAAAAGAAUCACAUGGUUUAGUGAAAGUUCACAUUGGUGGUACAUUACACCAAGGUGUUGGAAGAAUGGUAGGUAUGUUUGAGCAGCAAUUUAUACUUAGAGAAGAUCCUCAGGCGGAAAAUACUUGGAAAAUAUUAAAUACAAAUUUGAUGAUGAAAAGUAUGGAAUCAUUAACAUCUGGGCCUACGUUAAGCAUACAAGGACAACAAACAAAUAAUUUACAAAUUGAUAUAAUAUGAAAACAUUGACAGUUUAAUAAAACAUAAAUUAAACAAA